AUGAUUAAAUGAGUCAGAGUUGAUAUUAGAUUUUUAGCUUUAGUAAAGAGUAGAAAUUGUGAAAUUAACAUUGACGAUUGUACUGGUCGGCCAUGUUUGAAUUCUGGAACUUGUGUGGAUGGCAUCAACUCGUUCUCUUGUCGAUGUCUCCCAGGUUACACAGGGACAGAUUGCAGGAUAAACAUUGACGAAUGUGCAGCCCAGCCAUGUAGAAAUGGUGGAACUUGUGCAGAUGGCAUAAAUAGAUACACAUGUUCUUGUCCGUCUGCCUACACAGGACAAGAUUGUGAGAUGAACGUCAACGAAUGUGAUUCCAGUCCGUGUCAGAAUAAUGGAACUUGCUUUGAUGCCAUUGGAAGAUUUUUCUGUCAGUGUAUCACUGGCUUCACAGGAGAUCGUUGUGAAAUAAAUAUAGAUGAUUGUUCAACUCCCAGACAACAUCAAUGUAUUAAUGGUGCCACCUGUAUAGAUGGGGUUAAUUCUUAUAAUUGUUCAUGUGUAUCUGGAUGGCAGGGACAAUUUUGUCAAACGGAAGUAGAUGAGUGUGCUUCUAGUCCGUGUAUAAAUGGAGCAAGCUGUAUAGAUCAGUUUGGAGGAUAUACAUGUUCCUGUCCCCCACAGUUCCAGGGACCAACAUGUAAUCUAGAUAAAGACGAAUGUCAGGCCACCGUGUCUAUUUGUUUAAAUGGCGCCACAUGUCUCAAUACUUAUGGUAGUUAUAGAUGUCAAUGUCCACCAGGAGGUUAUAAAUGUUAUUGUAAACCUGGUUACCAAGGUGAUAGAUGUCAGUUUAAUAUAAAUGAAUGUUUAUCCACACCGUGUCGUAAUGGUGGUUCAUGUCGAGAUGACGUCAACAAGUUUGUCUGUUCCUGUUUACCAGGUUUUACUGGGAAUCAGUGUGAAAUUGAUAUCAAUGAAUGUUCCAGUUCACCAUGUCAAAAUAACGCCACAUGUAAUGAACCCGCUCCAAAUAUGUACAGAUGUCAGUGCAUUGUGGGAUAUACUGGUAUUAACUGUGAGACUAAUAUCAAUGAGUGUUCAUCCAAUCCAUGCUCAUCUUAUAAAACCUGUGUCGAUGGCAUCAAUAGAUAUAGUUGUGAAUGUCCAGUUGGCAUGACAGGUGACAAAUGUGACCGGUUCAUAGACGAUUGUCAUAGCAACCCAUGUAAAAAUGGUGGUCAAUGUUUCGACAUUGGUGAUGCUUAUCGCUGUCAAUGUUCAUAUCCAUACACUGGAAUAAACUGUGAAACAGACACAGAUGCUUGUAUACCCAAUCCUUGUCUCCAUGGUGGCACCUGUCUCUAUGACAACACUACACCAGACGGUUUUAGUUGUACUUGUGCUGUUGGUUUCAUUGGUAACCGUUGUCAAGGGGAUAUAUAUGACUGUCUUUCCAAUCCCUGCAGGAAUGGCGCUAGUUGUGUUGAAAAGACGGAUGGUACUAGAGGCUUCACAUGCAAUUGUCUGAAAGGUUUUGCUGGGAACUAUUGCGAAGCGGAAGCAGACGAUUGUAUUUCCAAUCCUUGCCAAAACUCUGGGACCUGUCUACCUGUCACAAAUGGAUAUGUUUGUUCGUGUCCAGCUAACUUUACAGGGAAGACAUGCACCAUUGAUGUUAAUGAGUGUUUAGCCUCGCCAUGUCCCCCUAAUGGACAAUGUAUUAAUUCUGUUGGUGGAUAUCGUUGUAUCUGUUCGCUGUUUUGGACGGGAUCAGAUUGUCUAACGGAUGUUCGGGAAUGUGAUUUGAAGCCAUGUUUAAAUAAUGCUACCUGUACCGAAGUUAUUGGAGGACAACCUACAUGCCAGUGUCAGAAAGGUUUUAAUGGUAGUUUAUGUGAAACCAUGGUAACAGGAUGUGCUAGUCAGCCAUGUUUAAAUGGAGCAGGAUGUUCAGAUGUAGCAAGUUCUUAUGUGUGUUCGUGUACUUCAUCUUUUACAGGGAAUAAUUGUGAGACACCUGUUAAUCAAUGUACACCUACAUCUAAUCCUUGUUUAAACUCUGGAACAUGUACGUCAACAUCAACUGGGUUUACCUGUCAGUGUACGUCUGGUUAUAAAGGUGCUACAUGUACAGAAGAUAUCAAUGAGUGUUUGUAUUCACCUUGUCGUAAUGGAGCUACCUGUGUGAAUGGUGAAGGCAGUUAUUCUUGUAGCUGUAAAUCGGGUUAUGCAGGUAAACAGUGUGACAUAGAUAUAAAUGAAUGUUUAUUUCAACCAUGUCGUAAUGGUGGCAGGUGUCUAAAUCUCGUUAAUGAUUUUAGAUGUGAAUGUUUACCUGGAUAUACAGGUAUAGCGUGUAGUAUUGAUAUUAAUGAGUGUAGCAGUAGUCCAUGUGGUAAUGGCAGCACCUGUAUAAAUCUUGUUAAUAAUUACACCUGUCUGUGUCCGCCGGGUUUCAGCGGGGAAAAUUGUGCUGUCGACAUCAAGGAAUGUGAUUCUUCUCCGUGUAAGAAUAACGGAACCUGUACAGAACCAGUUGCCAACAGUUAUAAAUGUUCCUGUCCACUAGGUGUCUCUGUCUUCUAA